GGUAGGUUUCUGCAUAAUGUCCUCAGUGCACGGCAGGGACAUAUCUGACUACCAUGUGAGCGUGGUUCGUGAACCCCCUGGCUGGGAGGUUGGCAUCUACAUCACAGGAUUUCUGGUGUUGCUGGGGGUGGUGGGGAUUAACCUGUGGAAGCUGUGGAAGUCUGGCACCUUCCCUGUGCCCUCCCCCUAUCCAAACUUCGACUACCGCUACCUUCAGGAAAAAUAUGGCACUUCUUUCUCAGAGGUCAGACAAAAGAGAAUGGCAGCCAACAACCACCGGAGAGCAUCCACUGCCAGCCGUAAGCCAAGCCUCCAACUCGGAGAUACUCCAGACGGACUUCGGGAACUGGGCACACUGGAGCUGAUGAGCCGUGAGCUGGAUCCAGCCGGCACCAUGCAGCUGAAUCGUUCCAUCUCAACUGACUCCCUCAGUUCCAUCUCCUCUGUGGCCAACAACUUUGGCCAUGAGUUCACCGUUGGCCAACUGGAGGUGACCCUGGAGUAUGAGGCUCGAGUCAGCACACUCCAUAUUACCUUGCACCAGGGUAAAGAUCUGCUGGAGAAAGAGGAGGAAACUUUCCCUGGAUGUUUCAUCUGUGUCACACUGGUGCCCGAGGAGCUGAACGUGGGCGUCACCAAGGUGCAGAGGAAUGCAUUCACAGUGGUCUUUGAUGAGCGGUUCUCCAUUGCCCUUGAUGCUGCUGCACUGGAGGAAUACAGCUUGCGGUUUUCUGCAUUUGGGAUUGAUGCAGAUGAGAGAAACAUAAGUGCUGGAGUUGCAGAAUUGAAGCUGUCUGAUCUGGAUCUCUCCAUCCGGCCAUUUAAUGCUUGGCUUUAUCUGCAAGAUGUCAAUAAGACAGUUGAUGCUGUGGGGGAGAUACUGCUGUCACUGAGUUAUCUGCCAACAGCUGAACGCCUUACAGUGGUCGUAGCCAAAGCUAAGAAUCUGGUUUGGACCAAUGGGAAGACCACAGCAGAUCCAUUUGUCAAAGUGUACCUCCUUCAGGAUGGCAGGAAGAUCAGCAAGAAGAAGACCUCUAUAAAGAGAGAUGACACAAACCCCAUCUUCAAUGAAGCCAUGAUCUUCUCUGUGCCAGCCAUUGUGUUGCAGGACCUCUCUCUGAGAGUCACCGUGGCAGAGUGUACAGAUGACGGCAGGGGUGAAAACUUGGGUCAUGUGAUCAUUGGCCCCGAGGCCAGCGGCAUGGGCAUCACUCACUGGAAUCAGAUGCUGGCUACACUGAGGAAACCCGUGUCUAUGUGGCACCCUCUGAGGAGGACCUAAACUUAAUCCUUCGGGCCCAAAUUCCCUUUCCCCCUGCCACACACGUCUGCAUGGUGCCUACUAUUUCACUGUCCAAGGGUAAAGAAAUUCAAAAGAAUGAAGAGAACACAUCUUUUCAGGAGACUAAUAUAUUCAGUCUUUUCAAGGCAGUUUUACAAUGGUGUAAUAAGGGACUUAACAAAAGUUUAAGUUCAGUUUGAGCUAAUCUGUGAGUGUAUAUUGUAGCAGAUGAGAAAGUUGAGACUUGAUUUGUCUCAGGUCCUGUGCUUUUUUGAAAUCCAGGUUCUCUUAUCCAGGUUAAAUCAACUGUCAGUUUGUAAAAAUUAUGACAGGGUGGCAAUGUGAAAAGCAGAGGUACAAGUGCCAGUAAAUGUUACAUUACACUAUGUGUGCCGUUAUAAAUGUUUGAAAAUUUUUAGUAGCUACUACAUUGUGCUGUAUUUAAUGUCAG